CGCUUACGAUCUAAAUAGAAAACGUUAAAUAUCCCUAUCAGAAAUAGCACUGAGUUGUUAAUGUAGGAUACCAGACACAGAACACCGCACCCGCAGUGCGACAAAUUACAAUAGCAAAUCACAUUAAUACAGCUAAGCGGAAAUGGAGAUAGAGCUAGAGGAGGUGGAGCGCCAGCUGCGGAGCGCCAAGGGCGUGCCCAGCGCUGACAAGCUCAUCAAGUACCUGAGGCUGGUACGCGACCUACACAUCCGCGACUCGCCCACUGUUGCACGGUACGGCAACAUCCUGCUGCGGCACUACCGGAGCCACCUGUCGGAGGAGGAAUUGUGGACGGUCCACGAGCAGGUGGCGGUGGCGGCGCUGGACAGCCACGCGCUGCAGUUCGCCGCCUCCGCCAUCAGGGCCAUCAACCGCCGCUUCCCGGACAGCAACCGAGCCAGGAGGCUGCAGGGCAUGUACUUCGAGGCUGCGGGGGACUACGGGCGCGCCGAGGAGAUCUACCGCGACAUCCUGGCGCUGGAGCCCGCCAACGAGGCGGCUCUGAAGCGCCUGGUGGCCCUGGAGCGCAGCCGCGGCAACCUACACGCCGCUGUGGAGGCGCUGCGCAAGUACCUGGACGUGUUCGCAAACGACAAGGAGGGCUGGGAGGAGCUGGCGGAGCUGUACCUGGAGGCCCUGAACUACCGGCAGGCGGCCUUCUGCUACGAGGAGCUGCUGAUGCAUGCGCCGGGCAACAGCAGCUACUACAUCCGAUAUGCGGACAUCCUGUACACCCUGGGGGGCGCAGCCAACUGCAAGACGGCUCGCUCCUACUACGCGAAGGCUGUGGAGCUGACCGCGGGUGGCAGCCUGCGGGCGCUGUUCGGCAUCCUGGCCUGCUCUGCACACAUUACGGACAAGGUUGCCCUCCAAGAUGCGCGAAGCCGGGCACAAAUUGAGCUACCCGAGGUUACGACCAAGGCGCUUCUGCGCAUUUACAAGCAGCACGCACCGGACAAGCUGCCCUUCGUCGAGCCAAUCUUGGCAAAGCUUAGCGGCCAUGGGUUGUAACCCGAGGGAUUACAGCUGUAUGGCUGUGACUAGGAACGCUAUCUGGACGGCUCAACUUCAAUUGUAACAUGCGGCAUGGUUCCAAACUUUGUAGCCUGUGUAGCCUAUAAUUUUUUAAGAAUUCUCGUGUCCGAAUUCUCGUGUCUGUAAUAAUAUGUCCUGG